GUUUAUAUUGAUUUGCGUGCAUGUUUAAACCCGUAAUAAUGGUUGAAAUAGGUUUUAAAAAGAUCAUAUUUUAGAGUGUGUGCAAUGUUUGGAUACAUGUGUGCUUAAACGAUAUCAAUGAUUCAUGUUCUCAUAUGAAAAUAUAGGUUUUACAGUGAAAUAAUUAAUAAUAUUUUACAAAUAAUCAUAACUUUAUCCCACAAACCACACUUGCGCAUUAAAGAACGUUUUCACUUCAUUCCUUUUAUCUUAAACUGCAUUAGCAAAUGACAUGGCAUCAAAACAGAUUCAGUGUGAAAUGUGUUGUAAUGAAAAUGCAGUUGGAUAUUGCGAAACUUGUGGAUACCUUGGAGAAUCUUGUAUAGAUAUUCACAAGACAGGAAAGGUGUUUCAAACUCACAAUGUCAGUUUGAAUGAGGAAAAUAGUGUAAACCCAAUUGUCGCCAAGCGUGACAUCACCGAAGAAAGAUGUAUGCAGCACCCGACAGAGAGAACGAUAUUUCUUUGUAAAAUUCAUGAUUCCAUGCUUUGUGGCAGAUGCUUCCAUUCGGAACAUCCUUCUUGCCUGAAAGAGGUUAUUGACUUGUUGCAUGAAGAUGUAAGCAUUGAUUGCAAUAAAGUCAACUCGAUGAAAUCACUGUUCAAUGAGCUAAAAGCAGAAAUUCUGUUUAUGAAAGAUGAAGCAGAACACAGUAAGGAGAGCUACAAGAAUAAUGCUGAUAAAUGCGUGGAAGAGUGUAUGGAAUUAGGAAAUAAAAUUAAACAACAAGUAGAUGAAUUGACAGGAAACAUUAAAAACGGAAUAAGAGAGAAAUAUGAAGAAAAUGUGAACACAUAUUCCUAUAUUACUAAGACGUGUGAUGAGAAAACCAAAUGGUGUGACAAUGAAGAAAGCAAAAUUGAUGAUUUUGUUGACAAUAAAAUGGCUGGGCGCUUGUACCUCGUGAGUAGACAUUUGGAGAAAGAGAUUUCGGACGCAAGAUCCCACCUUAAAGAAAUCAAACACAAACGCACGUUUAAAGGUAUUAACUUUAAAGAAAACAAAGUAGUUCUGAAAUGUGUGUUUGAGGACUUGGAGGAAGUUUGUGAACAAUACGAAGAAGUCACAGGAAGCGACGAUGGACAUGCCAACGAUGUUGUCGCAUUGAUCACGGAAAUAAACAAGACACGGCGAGAGCUAACUGUCUUGUUGAAAAACGCAAGAAGUGAAUUAGACGAAUCAGAAAAGACAAGACAGUCACUGCGUAAUGAGCUGAAACAAGUACAACAAGACCUGGAUGAUUCAGAAAAGACAAGAAAGUCACUGUGUGAUGAGCUGACACAAGUGAAACAAGACUUGGAUAGAUCAGAAAAGGAAAGAGCUGUAGUUCAGGCGAUGUUUCCACAAACCAAAGAAUACUUCAACUGGACUCAACCCACUGGGACAGUUGAGGUCAAAACCAGCACAGAAACAUGGCAUUUUGGCGAAGAACCUAUUAUCUUGUUUGUUUUUACCUUCCCGGAUGGCAUUCAGACGGCGCACCAUCCGUCCCCGGGAAGCUCGUAUAAAGGCGACACGUUCAGAGGAUACUUGAGUACCGGCACUGAGGGCGAGCUGCUAUGUAGGAUGUUAAAGGCGGCGUUCAGGAGAGGGCUGAUGUUCAACUUGGGAAAGGAAGGAAAGGUUGUCCUGGAUGGCAUUUCAUUGUAUGAAGGAUCAGUGUAUGACCUGUAAGAAAAAUAAAUUUUAUAAUAUGUAAAAUAAGAGUCAAUUAAGAGCGUUCAGGAAGGCAUAGGUGUUAACUGUUUUAAUGCAGGAGAACUAUGUUCUGAGUGCCAUCUCGUUAAAAGAGCCAAUGUAGGACUAAAGGGACCCAUGUAGGACUAAAGGGGCCCAUGUAUGAACGUUUUGGGCUAGUAUUACUUUUUUUUAAAAAGUACAAUUAUAUACAUCACAUGUACAAAGCAUGUUGUAAGUGGUAGUAAGGUUAAGCCAUUUUAA